GUUACGAAAGUGCCAUUGUGAAUCAACGGAUGUCUCGCUUGUUCUCCUUGGUGGUUCACGUGUCCUUCACAUCCUGAGCUCUGACAUCAAAGCAUCAUAUUAUAUUCCAACUAACGUUAUGGCAGCUCAGGUCACUGAAUCAGAUCAAAUCAAACAGUUCAAAGAAUUUUUGGGCACCUACAACAAACUGACAGAAAACUGCUUUAUGGAUUGUGUCAAAGAUUUCACUACAAGAGAAGUCAAACCAGAUGAGUCCACUUGCUCUGAGAGCUGCUUACAGAAGUACCUAAAGAUGACACAGAGGAUCUCCAUGCGCUUCCAGGAAUAUCACAUCCAGCAAAAUGAAGCAUUGGCUGCAAAAGCUGGUUUAUUAGGACAGCCGCGGUGAUAAACUGCUAUUUCAAUGGACUCCGACCAGUAUGCCGUUCUCUCUGUGUUCCAGUGUUGAGAAUGGAUCUUCAAACUGGAUCCCUGCACUGCAGAAAGAUGAGGGCGAAAGUCAUCUGAUCUCCAUUAGAUCUUCAGAUGACUGGAAGUGGGGAUUUUCUUUCAUGAAGGACAGAUACUCUACUACUGAUCGAUGCAAAUGAUAUGCUAUUAAAUAAUCUUGAAUUAUUCGCAUUGUGCCAUUGGUUAUUUGGUUUCAUGAAAAACCAAUUUCCCCAAAAAUGAUCAGUUUCUUGAAAUAUCAUUUUGCAUUUCAUUUACUGUAUAGAUUUCUAUUGAUAUGGUAAAUGUGACUGAUCAGCGUAAAUAAGAACACAAAAAUAAAGCAUUGAGUUUUUGGGACAGGUCA